UUGUGGAAUCGCAUAACAAAAUGAAUUGAGUCUUCUACUUCAUUUACCCUUCACAAAAGAUGGACACCUACCUGCUCAUUAUCCUGUACCUCUCGUGUGUCCUAGGUAUGUCUUUUGCAAGCAAUCUUACUGUAUUAUCAGGCCACCUUGGGGACACUUUCAGUAUUGGCUGCCCCUACAGUGACCGCCGUGACCGCUGGAGAAAGAAGCUAUGGUGUAAGGAAGAUAAAUUUGGACAGUGCCAUGAUGUUGUCGUUAUGCACAGCUUCUGGACACCUUAUGAAAAAAAUGGAAAUAACUUCACUAAUAUCUCAGACAAUACACGUGCUGGCAUUGUCACGGUGAACAUAACACUGGUGCAGAAGGAAGAUGAGGGCAUCUACCAAUGCCAGUCUCGAUCUUUCACUGAAACAAAAGUUCGCGUAUUACAGAGGGUUCUGGUGAAGGUCUUGGAAGAUCCCAAAUCAAGUAUUUUUGAUUUGAUAGAUUAUAGCACCUCUAGGAUUCCUGUGGGAUCACAGGUUGCAAUGACGUGGGCCAUUAUAGGGAGCGGUCUCCUGCUGUUUAAACUGUUGGUAAUGGGACUGAUGUGGUAUUGGUGGAGAAGCCAACAAAACCUGAGAGUGGGACCUGAAUCACCACUAACAUCUGCAAUUGAAGAAUCAGUUCCUGAUGAAGAAAUUAAUGUGUAUGUUUUUGAUGAGGAACGCUAUGUAUAUGAAGCCGAGGCACUCAGUAUUACCCCUCUGUACACUAACUAUGCGCCCAUGAAAGAACAUCUCAACAAGGCUUAUUGUCAGAGAUAACAUCCAUUGUGGUAUUAAGCCAAGAUAUUACAGACAAUUGGAAAGAAUUCAAUGAUGGUAAAAAAAAUCAGCCAUUAUUGACCAAUUAAUUGUUAUAUGUUAUAUCUACGUAAUUUCUUGUCAUGCAUGGAAUUUAUCUGAACAGUUGUAUUAAUCAUGUGAUGUAGAUACAAAAAAAUAGAGCAUCAUGUAUCGUGCAAUAUGUUUUUUUGG